UUGUCCUGCUUCUGCUUAUCUUUGCAAUCGCGAGCAGAAACACUAUGGCACAAUAACACCCACCAUUCACCCUCCAAGAUAGUUAGCAGUUACCAGUCAGAGUCUUAUCAUCAGAAAGGCCUCACGAAGCAAGCUUUGAGACAACAAAAGAGAAACAGUUCUGUCCUUUAACACAUGGAGAACUGCAGGCUGGUGAGCCUCGCCUUUGUGCCUGGGAAGAUCAUGGGGCAGAUCCUCCAACUUGCCAUGCUACGGCACAUACGAGAUGAAGAGAUGAUCUGAGACAGCCAGCACGGCUUUGCCAAGGGCACAUCUUGCCUGAGCAAUCUGGAGGCCUUCUGUGAUGGAGUGACGGCAUCAGUAGAGAAAGGGAAGACAACUGAUGUCAUCUAUCUACUGCAAGGCAGUUGAUAUGGUCCCCCGCCACAUCCUGGCUGGCUCUAUGACCAGGUGAAGGUCAGUAACAAGCAGUGUCCCCAGGGGAUAGUCCUGGGUGUGGUGCACUUCAGUGUCAUUAUCAGUGACAUAAAUGGUGGCAUUCAGUGCACUCUCGGCAAGUUUGCCGAUGGCACCACACAGCUUUGCCAGAAGGCUUGGAUCCAGUGGUCUGCAGAGGUCCCUUCCAACCCCAGAGAUUCUGUGAUAGUGUGAGAAGGGAGCCGUGGAGAUGCUGACCAUGUGGGGGGCUGCCAGGAGGGCGUGUGGGGUCUCCAUGGCAACUACCGGGACUUUGUGAUGCACGGGCAGCCGCACACGAAGGCCAUUGUGACAUGGUGGUGUCCUGGUGCCUUUAGGAACCAGAGUCCCAGUGCUGCUCACUCUCAGGCGAGUAGCUCCGUGAGGAGGUAGCUUCCCUGGGUGCUUGUAGCUUUGUCUCCGUGAGCGGAUACAGAGAUGGCGAAGGAGCAGGACCAGAAGGCCCACUCCCAAGCUGAUAAAAGACUGCCGAGUGUGCGGGAACAGCGCCAGGUGGGCCGCAGGCCGCAGCAAGCUGUGCUGCCAGGCAGACAGAGCCAGGAUUUGUCUGUCCGUGGGAUCCAACUGCCACCACUGCCCCACCCAGCACAAGCCUCUGGGAGCCGCCGUGCACAGGCGGACAGACCGGAGCUCAGGCAGGGACUGCCCCGCAGCAGUGGCUCUGGGGAAGGGAGACGGCCUCUGCCAGCCUUGCCGCCUCUCCCACAGGGGGCGCUGUCACUGCCAGCUGCGCCCCAGAAUGCAGCCACUGCUCGGGGACAAGUUCACACCUUGUCCACACUGCCACCAAUAGCCUCCAGAAGUUUUCCAAGAGGCAGAGCUGCCAGUGCUGUGAGAGCUACCACCAGCAGAGUGGCUGUCCCAGGUCUUCAGGACAACCCUCAGCCCCAGGAAACGGCAGUGAGGGCCGAGGGCUGGCAGGCAGAUCUAUCUGUCCCUGCACUCCCCCUCAGGCCUGCAGAGAAGACACCCGAGUCCCUCAGGCUGGCGUAUCGGAUGCGUCCAGCAGCCAUAAGAUCAGGACCCUGGCUGAAACCAGCACAACCUAGACAACGUGCACCCACCAGCACUGUAAGAACACCGGCACGAAGAACCCAGGUGCUGGCCCCCAAGGCUGGGAAAGUCACUGAGAAUGAGACGCAACGUGCUGCCAGUGCUCAGGAGGACAGCGGAGAUGCUCACAGGGUCUCUACAUCACGCUCCCUGGCAGCAGAGCAGGCAGCAGAGAAGGAAGCAGAGCAGGCAGCAGAGCAGGCAGCAGACAAUGGUGCCAAAGAUGCCGAAGACAGCAAAGAGAGGGCCCGCUCUGCCAGGAGAGGGGACAGGUUCCUGCCCUGCUCUCUUUGCUGUUCCACCUACAGCGCUGUUGGCAAAGAUGAGCAGGAUGAGGGGAAAGACACCUCUGGGAGAGACGCUAUGUCAGUGGCAGGAAAGGAGCCUGUGAGCACAUCAUUUCCUGGGGCAGAGGCCCUGCCUCCAGCGUCUUCAGUGCCUGGAAACCUUCAGCAUGAUGUGAGCAAGAUGCAAGUGGAGGACAGCCUGGAGAUCAGGGACACAUUCACCCACAGCAGCACGCCAGGGGAGGGGAGACAGCCUCUGCCAACUUGUGGACCAUCCCUGUGUGUCCCUGCACCCCCUCUCAAGCCUGCACAUGCCACACGCAAAUCCUACAAUUUGACAUACAGAAGGCGUCCUGUAGCCACCAGACCUAGACCCUGCCGGAAACCAGCAAGUCCAAGGCAGAGUGCACCCACCAGCACUGAGGAAACAGCAGCACAAGCAACGCAGUUGCUGGCCCCCCAGGUUGGGAGCAGCCCCACACAUCAGACACCACCUGCUCCCAGUGCUCAGGAGGGCAGUAAAGAUGCUGUCAAGGCCCCUGAAUCACAUUCCCAGGAGGCAGAGCAGGCAGCAGAAGGUGGUGCCAGAGCUGCUGGCACUCCUCAGGACAUGCUGGUUGAAAAGGAUGAUGAAGAAAGGGCAUGUUCCAGCAAGAGAGGGGGCAUGUUCCUGCCCUUCUUUCUUUGCUGCUCCACCUCCACCUCCACCAGUUCUCUGAUGGAUGAGGUGGAAGACGAGGAAGAGAGCGUAGACAUUCCUAUUUGGGAGGGAUCACAUAGUUAUUCCUCAACACAUCUUGAUGACCAAGAAAACAUAGAAGAUAACAGGCAGUAGCAUCUCUGAGCUGACUAACUGAACAUCAUUUCACUUCCUCCCUGUGAAGAGGUGGAGAAGCAAAAACAAUACAGUGAAGUUCUUCUGCAGUAGAAAAAUGUGACAUCAUAUUGUGAUUGAAAGAAUCUUUGUGGCUAGUUGAUAACUAAAACUUCUAUGUUUAUUACAAAAUAUGUCAAGGCUUAUAUGUUAAUAAAAUCUUGUUAAGAUCUUA